UCUACUUGCCUUCGCUCCCCGGCUCUGUGGCCGCGCUCCCUCCCUCCCCUCCGUCCCGCCCCCUCCAGCCCUUGCUGCCGGGCUCCUACAGGCCCCCUCGCUGUCCGCGUUCCUAUGGACAGACGCACAGACACCUGCAGGAAAGACACUGCUGAUCCUGUAACAUGGAGGAUUGCCUUCAUACCUCAUCUGAGAAUCUAUCCAAAUUGGUCAGCUGGGCCCACAGCCAUGGGACCAUUUGCAGCCUCAUUCCAAACCUGAAACAUUUGCUUUCAGAAGGUUCCCAUGGGAACCUGACAGCAAUGUGGGGCUGUAGUGCGGGCCAUGCUUAUCACUGGCCACUGACAGCUACUUGCAGAGCUGGCUCCCAAGAAAGGGUCUGUUUCCAGGAUAACAGAAGCUUUAACUCUGAUAGUCCCAGUAUAAUUGGAGUGCCCUCUGAGACACAAACUAGCCCUGUUGAAAGGUACCCUGGGAGACCAGUGAAAGCAAAGCUAGACUGUAAUCGGACCAGAGACUCUUGUGACUUCUCUUAUUGCAGUGAGCCCUCUGAACUGGAUGAAGCUGUUGAAGAGUAUGAAGAUGAAAACACUCUGUUUGACAUGGUUUGUGAGUCUUCUGUUACAGAUGAGGAUAGUGACUUUGAACCCCAAACCCAAAGGCCUCAAAGCAUUGCUCGGAAAAGGCCUGGAAUAGUCCCAUCUUCUCUCCAUUCAAGCUCCCAAGCUCAGAUGAUUGAUGAAUGCAGCAGUGAUGUGAUCAUUAAGAAAAUCAAACAGGAGAUUCCUGAAGAUUAUUAUAUUGUGGCAAAUGCAGAGCUGACCGGAGGGGUAGAUGGACCAGCCCUCUCGUUGACGCAGAUGGCAAAACCUAAGUCUCAGACUCAUGCUGGUCCCUCCUGUAUAGGGUCUGCUAAGCUGAUUCCCCAUGUAACAUCUGCCAUCAGCACAGAGCUAGACCCACAUGGUAUGUCUGCAUCCCCCUCUGUGAUGUCUAGACCAGUCGUCCAGAAGACUGGUAGGGUAUCUUUGGCUUCACCAAACAGAGGACCCACUAGUGCCCAUGGCACCAGCCAACAGGUGGCCAUACAGAUGCCGGUGAGCACAUCCCAUCCUAACAAACAGAUCAGCAUCCCUUUGUCUGCCCUGCAGCUGCCUGGACAGGAUGAGCAAGUUGCUUCUGAAGAGUUCCUGUCCCAUCUGCCCAGCCAGGUCUCCUCCUGUGAGGUGGCCCUUUCUCCCUCAGUUAACACAGAGCCAGAAGUGAGCUCCAGUCAGCAGCAGCCUCCAGUUGCUCCGACCAUAACCACUGAGGCCACGGCACAGUGCAUACCAGCCUAUUCUACUAAGCUCAACAAAUUUCCUGUAUUUAAUAUUAAUGAUGACUUGAAUGAUCUGUGUACCAGUGCAGUAAGCCCAAAUACGACCAAAGCAACACGGUAUGCCCUGAAUGUGUGGCGAUAUUGGUGUAUGACCAAUGGGCUCAAAGAUCACACAGACAUCACCAAGAUCCCUGCAGUGAAGCUGAACGAGCUGCUCGAGAACUUUUAUGUCACCGUUAAGAAGAGCGACGGCUCAGACUUCCUGGCCACGUCGCUGCACGCCAUCCGCCGAGGCCUGGACCGCAUCCUGAAGAAUGCAGGCGUGGGCUUCUCCAUCACCAGCAGCACCUUCAGCUCCUCCACCAAGAAGCUCAAGGAGAAGCUGUGGGUGCUGAGUAAGGCAGGGAUGUCAGGUGCCCGUUCUCGCAACAUCGUCUACUUCUCCCUCUCUGACGAGGAGGAGAUGUGGCAGGCAGGGUGUCUGGGGGAUGACAGCCCCGUCACCCUUCUGUCCACCGUGGUCAAGUACAACAGCCAAUACCUGAAUAUGAGGACGCUGCAGGAGCAUGCUGAUCUGAUGUAUGGUGACAUCGAGCUGCUCAAAGACCCACAGAACCAGCCCUAUUUUGCCCGGACAGACAGUGUCAAGCGGGAGAGUCGGAGUGGUUCCACUCGAGUGUGCCACGGGAAGAUCUACCACGAGCAUUCCAGGGGACAUAAACAGUGCCCUUACUGCCUCCUCUACAAGUACAUGUACAUCCACCGACCACCCACCCAGAUGGAGGCCAAGUCCCCUUUCUACCUUACCGCCAGGAAGGAGGCCGCAGACAUGGGCAGCGUGUGGUACGAGGAACAGAGGAUGGGACUGAGGUCUCUUCGGGGAAUUGUCCCGAACUUAGCCAAGAAGGUCAAGCUGGAAAACUGUGAGAACUUCACCUUCGUCUCAUUUACUCAGGUCUCCAGGAGGCUUGGCUCCCACAGCUGCUGCCAGUGAGUCUCCCCUGGGUCCUGGCCACCACCCGACACACCCUGGCAGGCGGGCGCUCCCCCCGCAGCCAAGGCCAGAGCUCUGAGGCAGCAGGGAUGACCGUGACUUCAUGGUCAGGCUGGUCCCUGUCAGUGGGACUUCCUAUUUCUUUGACUUUGCGUUUGUUUUUUUAACUGAAAGUAGAUGAAUAUUUAGGAUGUUUUAUCCAGAUGUGUGUCACCUUUGUUAAAUUAUAGAGUCUAAUGCACUGUAUAAAUUACUAUAUACACAAGAGUGAGGAAGUUCAUUUUAUCUAGUGCCUUUUUAGCACAGAUUUUCUCAAAAAAAAUAAAAGGGAGUGGGGAAGAAAACCGUUUAAGUAGUCAUU